AUGGACUACUUUGCCCCUCCGGCUGCCCACCGCGGCUCGUACUUUGAAGCCCUCGUGGAGGCCGACUCAUCCAGCUCAAGUUCUCCAGAUAAUAUGGGAGACGUGUUUCGAUAUGGCAGCAUCGAGCCCGGGAUGUUCCCCACCCACCCCGUGUGGGAGCCCGCUGAUCUCGACACCAUCGACACUCUCACCGACUUUAAACCGCAGACCGCCAGAGACGCCAGUGCCCAACCGUCUACAGACUCCGAACAGACGGUGGUCCCGCCGUCAAAACUGCGUCGGAGAGCACAGAACCGCGCCUCGCAACGGGCCUUCCGCGAGCGGAAAGAGAAACACGUCAAGGCCCUGGAAUGCCAGCUCGAGACCCUCAACGAAAAGCACCAGGACCUGCUGUGCUCGUACAACAAGCAGAGCGACAGCAUCGUCCGACUGAACCGCAAAAUCGCCCAGCUGCAAGCCGACCUGGAGGCGCUGAGGUUCACCGCGGCCAUGACGGAACCUCCGGCGUCGCCGAUCCAUCAUCACCGUCACAAAUGGCACGGCCCCAAUGUGAUGCCCGACAAAUUCGACGCAUUCCCCAACGCCGCCAAUCUGGACCCUGUGCUCUACGACGGCUACGAGCUAGGCCCUGACGGAACAAUUGUCAACGCAAUCGAUGCCCAAAACGCAGGGCAGUCGACGAAGACGAAACGAAGGUUACCCGACUUUGAGGAUCUACUACGCAUGCCGUGA